GGAGACUUGGAAGUUGGAACUUUAGCGAUCCACCGUGAUAUAAUAAAAGAGCCGUUCACAUCAUGACUAUGUUCACGAGAGAUCUCAUCCAUCGGAUCGUAGGAUGUGUUUUAUUGCUGCUCUUCGUUUUCCAACGUUUACCUCGCGUAACCUGCCAGCAAGAUUCCAAAUCUGCAGACCGGGAUAGAGAAACCAAUUUCUCGGUGGGAACGACAAUCGGAAUAAUCUUGCUUGGAUUGUUCGUCUCCACUUUAAUCUUUUGUUGCUCGUUCUAUGCAUUAUUUUCAUUCUAUUAUCGUAGAUUGCUUGCAGCAGAAGGCCAUGAAGUAUUGCAUAGAGGAGAAACGAGUGGGGUCGAGAAAGAAAUCAUCGAGUCAUUUCCGGUUUUCCUCUAUUCAGAGGUUAAACGGCUCAAGCUAGGCGAAGGCGGAGUGGAAUGUGCAAUUUGUUUAAAGGAGUUUGAGGAUCAAGAAACGCUACGUUGGAUGCCUCCUUGUAGCCACACUUUUCAUGCUAAUUGCAUCGAUAUGUGGCUCUCUUCUCAGUCCACAUGUCCCGUAUGCCGUGCAAAUCUGUCUCUAAAACUCGGCGACUGCUUUCCAUAUCCGAGCAUGGAUCUUGAAACAGGAAAUGCACGAAGAGAUGUAGUAAAACUCCCUGACGAGAUAAGCUUGACAGAUAGUAGUAAUGUGACAUGGAACAAUAAUGCAAAUUAUAGAACAACUAGAUCAAGAUCUACAGGGUCAUUGCCGAGCUGGCGUAGGGCUGAGAUAUUUUACCCUAGAUCUUAUUCGACCGGACAUUCAUUGGUUCAACUAGGUAAGAAUCUUGAUCGAUUCAAACUGCAGUUACCAGAGGAGAUGCAAAGACAAUUGGUUGGCCUGAAAAGCCACGUCGCCUUACCUCGAGCCAGGAGUUCGAGACAGGGCUACAGAAGCGGUUUCUCUCAGGGAUAAAAAACACUUCGGCGGGACAUAUCUAUGUCUCCUUCUUUUCAAGGUGCUACUGACUUGGCAGGGACGAUCUAGUGCUAGAGACUUCUCAAGCUUACAAAGAUUUUGGGGAACAGUCGUUUCAACGCCUCAUGCCAGAGAAGGUCUAAUCUGUGUACAUAUCUGCUCUCUUAUUGCUCCACGUGUCCUAUCUCUAUCUGUCGUGCUGAUGUAGUUCCUUAAUUCUCUUAGCCUUUGACUUUUCAUUUUCCUUCGAUGCGUGCCUUUGUGAAUAAGAUUAUCUUUUUUUU